UCUAACUAAUGGAAUUCUCUUUCACUCCUUCGACCAGGAACUGAACAAGAAGCAGACACAUAAAGAUUUGGAGUGUGCCAUGUUACUGAGACACCACGAGUCCACGCAGGAGCAGGAAUUCCGGCACUUGAGCGUGGUUCAGAGAACACGCACUGAUCUGAUUCGCUUACAACACCAGACUGAACUCAGUAAUCAACUGGAUUACAACAAGAGGAGAGAGCAGGAACUUCGCCAGAAACACGUAGCUGAGAUUCGGCAGCAGCCAAAAUGUCUCAAAGUAGGUCCCGGGGAGGGGCUGCAAUCGGAGGGGGAGAGGGUCUCUCUGGAGGAUGUGAGCAGGAACAGGGACCCUGGAGAGAGGGAGAUCGGUUUAGGGGGCUCCCUGGAGGACGUGAGCAGGGUCUGGGACCCCAGGGAGAGGGAGAUUGGUUUAGGGGGCUCCCUGGAGGACGUGAGCAUGGUCUGGGACCCCGGGGAGAGGGAGAUCGGUUUAGGGGGCUCCCUGGAGGACGUGAGUAGGGUCUGGGACCCCGGGGAGAGGGGUAGCGGUGACGGCUCAGCAGGCGAAGUCCCGUACUUUGAGCUGCAGUCCUCCAGGGGCUCUGAUGCUGGCCCAGGUCCCCGUCCCACACCACAGCCCCCAGUGGCCUCUGCCCACUCCUUCCCCGAGUCAUACGAGGACGGUCUCGAACUGCCCGAUGUGGACGACUCUCGACUCCUGGAGGAGGAGGAGGGGGAGGGGCACGGGGUCUCUCCCUCAGCCUCUGGGCUGUCGGCCCCAGCCCUCCCCCAGCUGCUCGCCUCCCCUCACCUCCUGUGCGCCUUGCUGGCCCUGCUGGUAGCUUCCUGUCCCAGCUCACUGCUGCUCUUCUUCCUCCUGGUCAUUCUGCUGACCCUGUCCCAGCGAGGUCCCCAGAGCCGCCUGGGAUCGUUGCUGGUGGCGCUCGAGGUGGUGGUGGUGGGUCUGGCUGCCUCCUACGUGCUGCUGCACCUGGUCUUCGCGGUGUCCACCUCCUUCUUCCUGCUGCUGGUCAGGACGGUCAGCGCUCUGAGUGUCCUGGCGCUGAGCUUCCGCCUCUCGCUCUACUACGUCCCAGUCGCCCUGGGGGCCGCAUAUUUCUUCACAGCCCCCGGCCUCUUCCUGUCCCUGUACCUCCUGAUCGUGCUGGUUCUGCAGCCGGCCAGGCGCUGGGCCUCUGCUGUGCCCAGGAAAGGCCGCCGCUUCUGGGUCAGGCUGCUGCUGCGGCUGCCUAGGCCGGUCUUCCAGGUGGCCCAGCGCUGCGGCCUUGCCAACGAGAGGAGCCUGUUCUCGGUCUUCCCCAAGGCGGGCCGGGGCCUGUCUCGGAGUCGUCUGCCAGUGCUGAUCCGGGGACGCCCUCCCGUCAGGAGGGCCCUGGGCCCGGCCUUGUCCAAAAUGGCCGCCCUCGCCAACCGGCGUGUGUGUGGCCUGCUCUCCGGUCUGACCCUCCGCCUCCCAUCACCGGCCCUCCGCUGCCUGAGGCAGGUCGGUCUGCUCAGACCCAGCAAACCCAGCCGCAUCCCCAUGCUGUUGCCCCGGGAACAGCGCAGAGCCAUGGCCAAGGCCAGGGCCAGGGUCAAGCUCAGGCCUGGGGUCUGCCUCAGGCCGGGCUCCAGGGGACAGACCCGAAACUCUCAGUCUCUCCGACGUUCGGGCAUCUGGAUCCCGUAGGAAAGGAGGAGCAGGGAGAACCUGUCAGCAGCUGAGGGAGAGGGGAGGGAAUGCUGAGUCCCUGGGAGGGAGUAACUGAUACCUGGGGAGGCAAUGACCAGUCCCCUGGGAGGGAGAGGGGAGGGAGUGACCAGUCCCCUGGGAGGAGGGGAUGCAGUGACCAGACCCUGGAAGGGAGUGACCAGUCUCCAGAGGAGGGGGGUGUCACCGGGCCCCGGGGGGGAAGCUGGGAUCCCCGGGAGGGAGAGGUUCCCAGUUUGAAGCUGCUUUCCUCUCAGUUCAGGGUGUACCCCGUUCCCCCGGCCAACACUGAGGAGUGCAAUGGUCAGUCACUGCCUGAGGCCCCCACGUUCAGUGUCUUUGGAGUUAAACCUGGAGGGGGCAGUGCCUGGGUGGGGUGGGGGGAGCAGGGCCGAUGGGUGGGGAGCCAGACUCUGUUUUCUGACCCUUUCUCCUGUUUACAGUUGAGUUCUUUUAUUGUUGUUCCAUCGUUAAAUGAUAAUUUUCUUGCUUUGUUCCCCGUGGAUUCUGUAUUUUUUUUUUGUUUCUGUUGAGAUUUCUGUUUUGGUGAUUUUUUUUUAAAAUAAACGUUCUCUGUUUGUUUAAGCUCCA